AUGUCAGCUGUCACUCCUUUGGAUGCUCUUGCAGUCCGCUGUAGCGAGUUGUACCGCAGGCUGCCGUGGCUCUGGCCUGCCACAAAGCCCGCAGUCCGAGGACCACGGCGGGUAACCAGUCAUAUUCCAGAUGAAAUCCUGCAAGACCCUGAGUUACAGGAGGCAAUCAAAGCCCUGCCUGCAAAUUACAACUUUGAGAUCCCCAAGACAAUUUGGCGGGUGAGACAAGCAAAAUCUAAGAGAGUGGCUUUGCAGCUUCCAGAGGGCCUCCAGAUGUUUGCCUGUGUCAUCGCUGACAUCAUUGAGAGAUUUACAGAGGCAGAUACCAUUGUGAUGGGGGAUGUGACGUACGGGGCCUGCUGUGUGGAUGACUUCACUGCCCGAGCCCUAGGAGCUGAUUUCCUGGUGCACUAUGGACACAGUUGUCUCAUUCCCAUAGACUCCACAGGAGGUAUUAAGAUGCUCUAUGUGUUUGUGGAUAUCCAGAUGGACACUGCACACUUCCUGGACACAAUCAAGUUUAACUUCCCUCCUGGACAGUCACUGGUGCUCGUCAGCACUAUUCAGUUUGUGACAGCACUACAGGCUAUAAGUGCAGUCCUGAAACCAGAGUAUGAUGUGCUGGUCCCACAGUGUCGACCUCUGUCACCGGGUGAAAUUUUGGGCUGUACCUCCCCUCGCUUGGACCGCCAUGUCAACGCCAUAAUUUAUCUGGGAGAUGGAAGGUUUCACCUGGAGUCAAUCAUGAUCGCAAACCCAGAAAUCCCUGCCUACAGUUAUGACCCCUACACUAAGCUUUUCUCGAGAGAGUACUAUGACCAUGAGGGUAUGCGUGCCUUAAGGCUCCAGGCAAUUGAGAAGGCUUGUUCAGGCCAGAGAUGGGGCCUGAUCUUGGGCACGCUGGGCCGGCAAGGCAGCCCCAAAGUCCUGGAGCACCUGGAGUCAAAGCUCCAGUCACUGGGCAAGUCCAUCACUCGAGUGCUCCUGUCUGAGAUUUUCCCCAGCAAGCUGGAUUUGAUGCCAGAUGUAGAUGUGUGGGUCCAGAUUGCUUGUCCACGCCUUUCUGUUGAUUGGGGCACAGCCUUCUCCAAACCACUGUUGACUCCAUAUGAGGCAGCUGUUGCUUUGCAGGAGGUAAGCUGGAAGGACGUCUACCCCAUGGACUUCUACUCCAAUCAGAGCCUGGGGCCGUGGACGCCCAACCACCCUGACAACCAGCCUGUGCGGCCCACGCGCAGGCAGACUCAGAAACAAGGCUCAGAACCAGCCCCUCCUGCCAAGCAGUGUGUGCAGAAGCAGUGCGCCCCCUGUGGCUGUCAAGACAAAUGACACCUCCUGGACACCGCUGCCUUUAGCUCGUCUGGUUCCUACCGGUGCCUCGGCCUCUGCUGACAGCUGGACGGAGAUCAGCACAGAGGAGCAGAGCGGGCAUCUAUCCAGAGGGUGUAUCAACGAGCAGAGCUAAAGCCAGAGGAGCCCUCAGCCCCUCCUGAAACGGAUUACCAGCCAUAAAUAAUCCCUUAUUUUACAGCAUAACAGAUCAAACCACAUUCAUUGUUUUGUUGACAUUUCUGCAUGCACAUGAACAUACAUGAGCUCAAAUGUGUUUGAGCUCAUGUAUGUUCAUGCCAUUUAAAUUUACAAAGUGCUGUGCACAGGGAAUACGGGUUGACCUUUCUGUAAUGCACACACGGCUUUUAUCAUUGUUAGAAAGAGAAAUGGCCUUGAGUUCACUGUAUGGAGUUAAAGUGUCUGUUAAUGUGGGUGGCUUUAGUCAAAUGUAGUUGCCCUUGGAUGAAGAACUGUAUAUUGUGGGACACUUCAGAUGAGUUUCCCUUCAUGCCGUGUUCCAGAGACAUUCAUAGACAUAUUGUAUCAAUCACUUUACUGGAUAUACAGUAUUCUACUGAAAUGUGGAUAGUAGAAAUGUAAUGCAUUGUGCCUUCUCUUUCUCACUUCUAGUCAUUUUCUGAAACAAUAAACCAGAAACUUAGUUCUUG